CCGGUCUUUGAUACUGUACUGUCUAGAACCUCCAGCACCACAGGUGGCAGCACAGGGCCAUAAACUAGUAUACUUACCAAAACCACCAUAGAAGUACUGGAUUAUGACGUGGACUUGUUAUGGGUCAGGAAGAGGACAUUCCUCAACAAAUAAUAGUUUAAUAACGUUGCAAAGGUGACACAUCGUUCCGUCGAUGGAUCUAAAUGAAGAUAGUGUUAAUGCGAUGUGCACCCGGAUAUGCUUGUGUGUUCUCUGCGGUUUACCUGCAGCAGGAAAGUCGACGCUCGCGCAGGCGGUCAACUCUCACUCUGCACAACGAGGAUGGAGGUCCGCUGUCAUUUCUUACGACGACCUGAUUCCCGGUGACGCGUUCAAUGUGAAGGAAGUCCAGGAUGAGCAGGAUAUUCCGCGAUCGCAGACGCAGACUGAAUGGAAAGGUCACAGACAAGAGGUGCUGCGGUGUGUUGAACAGUUCCUACAGAGUCCCACAGAUCAGCUACCACCAAUCAUCUACCAGAUCAACAGGGAUGCCCGGAGUCGUCUCCUUCACGCCGCUCAGGUCUGCGGGACACCGGCGGGCUCUUCUCGGGUCUGCGGGACACCGGCGGGCUCUUCUCAGGUCUGCGGGACACCGGCGGGCUCUUCUCGGGUCUGCGGGACACCGGUGGGCUCUUCUCGGGUCUGCGGGACACCGGCGGGCUCUUCUCGGGUCUGCGGGACACCGGCGGGCUCUUCUCGGGUCUGCGGGACACCGGCGGGCUCUUCUCGGGUCUGCGGGACACCGACGGGCUCUUCUCUGGUCUGCGGGACACCGGCGGGCUCUUCUCAGGCUUACCCGUCACCUUCAGAUCGACCACCGCCGCCACUCGUCAUUCUGCUGGACGACAACUUCUACUAUCCAAGCAUGAGAUACGAGGUGUACCAACUGGCCAGAAAACACUCUGUGGGAUUCUGUCAGGUGUACGUCCACUGUCCCGUGGAGUCGUGUGUCAGGAGAAACCAGCUGAGGCCCCAGCCGUUACCCAGUGAUGUCAUAGUAGAGAUGGCCAAGCGCAUGGAGCCUCCAAACCCUCAGAGAAACUCAUGGGAGCAGAACAGUGUCACUCUGGACAGCGAACACCACUUCACCAUAGAAUACAUCCAAAGGUUGGUGAAGGUGAUCUCCACUGCGUUGGAGAACCCACUGAGUCCAGUCCAGGACAACACUGAGCAGCAGGAGGCUGACCGUCAGAGCUGUGUGUCCAGUGUGGUCCACCAGGCUGACCAGGCCUGCAGACGCCUGGUCUCACAGGCCAUGCAGGAGGCCAGAGAACAUCAACUUCCCCCAGAGAGGAUGAGGUCUCUGGCAGCCGACUUCAAUGAAUCCAAAACCACAUUUCUCCAGGACCUGCGGAGACAGGUUCUCCGCGGCCUUCCCUUAACCCGGGGAGAGGACGUGGAGGUGGAGCGGGUCGUGACCAGAGCCGUGGACGUCUUCAACAAAGAGAAACGGGAUCUCAUUGCAAGAUACCUUCCUCCUUAUGACAGAAUAAAAUGACACAGAUAACCAGGGAUGGAUGACAGCCAUUAUGUAACUUUCAUUGAUUCUAUGGAAAUAGUCAUAGACUUUGACGUUAGUAAUUACAUUUCUUUAUUUUUCUGACAAAAUGUCCAACCUGUUAGGUGCAUAUACAGGGUGGAACCUAACAGGGUGGAAAUGUGGAGGCUAACUUAGCCGUAGCACUGGGUGGAACCGAGCAAGGUGGAAAUGUGGAGGCUAACUUAGCCGUAGCACUGGGUGGAACCUAGCAAGGUGGAACCUAACAGGGUGGAAAUGUGGGGGCUAACUUAGCCGUAGCACUGGGUGGAACCUAGCAAGGUGGAACCUAACAGGGUGGAAAUGUGGAGGCUAACUUAGCCGUAGCACUGGGUGGAACCGAGCAAGGUGGAAAUGUGGAGGCUAACUUAGCCGUAGCACUGGGUGGAACCUAACAGGGUGGAAAUGUGGAGGCUAACUUAGCAGAACCGAGCAAGGUGGAACCUAACAGGGUGGAAAUGUGGAGGCUAACUUAGCCGUAGCACUGUGAGUGAUCAAGAUCCAGCUAGCAUAAUGGUGCCCACUUGAAGAUAAUUUUUUUACUGUUCUGUCAAACACAAUUUGAAAUGAUCAAAUGUUCAUCUAAUUUAGCCGAACAGCGGGGGACAUUUUAAGAGUGAGACCGUACUGACUAACAUCACGAAACAUUAAAAUGUAGAUGUGAACCGAGUGUUGAUACUUAAUGUAGCGUUGCGUUGCUAUGGACACUUCCCGAUUGUGAUGUCAUCAUCCACUGAAAACAAAAUGGUCAAAAAAUGCAAAUAAUAAUGCCCAUUGAGAUCGACAUGUUUUGUGUUUUUAUGGAAAAGGACACGUACCUUUCUAUUUAAAGCCCUUUGGAAACCACAUUCUACAGUGAAUAAGAGGUGUUAUGUCCUGGGGACAGAAAAGGCACUGCAUAACAGGAAUGAAUGACCCCGGUCUGUGAGAGACACAAAUCUUGCUUGUUUGUAGGUGACCAAAUACUUAUUUUCCACCAUAAUUUGCAAAUAAAUUCAUUUAAAAAAUC